AUGGCACAGCUGCUCACUUCUGAGCUCACCGCGCUUGGUGCCGAGGCUCGACGGAAGCAUCCUGAUAUCAAGCAGGCCACCGACAGCGCGCUGACGAGGCUCAGGUCUGAUACAGAUGUCUUCCUUGCCUCGCUGCGGAACGAUGAGAGUCCACCGUUGGAUCAUCCUCUGCUCAAGCCCAUCCUGUUGAGCUGCGAAACCAAAUUGCCAAAGCUCAUCUCGCUCGCCAUGGCUCUCCUGCAGCGCAUCCUCCUUCAGAGACUUGUUCCAGACAGCGGCGUGCCCAUCAUCGUCAAAACGCUCAACAAGCUCCUCACCCCACCCACCAGGAGCGACGUAGAUGUUCAGCUCAAGAUCCUCCAGAUCGCAUCAGCGCUCCUCUCAUCUUACCCAAAUCUGCACAAUGCCGACCUCUCGAAUACGCUCAUGCUCGGAUUCAAGCUUCAUGAGGGAAGCAAGGUCGCCGUCGUCAGUUCCACGGCAGCCGCAACCCUGCGGCAGAGCGUCAUGGCUGUAUUCGACAAGGUCAAGGACGAAGACGCCGUGCUCGACGGCAUCAAAGGAGGCGGAGAAGACGCUGCGGCUCUAGCACCCGUCGCGGCCAUGUCGCUCGAUCUUCCCCAAGGGGCCGUCACCCUCUUUCCAUCAUCACGCGAUGCUUAUCUUGUCUUCUCAGACCUCUGCUCUCUCGCCAAUGCCGAACCCGCUACCUUUUUGUCGCUCGACUCGCUAUCCAAAACCUUUUCACUCGAGCUCGUCGAAAGUGUUCUCUCCAAUCAUCAGCGCCUCUUCGCCUCUGCAGGCUCGGCAAAUCGACAAUCCAUUUCUCAUCCGGAGCUUCUCUAUCUUCUUCGCUCCAAGGUCUGCCCUCUCCUCAUCAAGAGUCUCAGCGAGCCCCCUGCUUUCCCCAUUCACCUUCGGCUUAUGCGUCUCCUCUUCCUCUUGCUGCGUCAAUUCAGUUCCGAUCUCGUUCUUGAAGUUGAGAUCCUCCUUUCCAUUCUUCUUCGCACCAUCAACCCUUCAGCACAGGAACUCGCAGCGCACGGUGGCUCUCCAUCUCUACUCUGGCAGCAGGUGCUGGCUCUCGAAGUGCUUCGCAGUCUAUGUUCUGACGACGUAUUUCUUCGCAACUUGUGGCUCUGGUAUGACUCCGGUAGCACCGAUACUAGCGCAAGCGAGCCUACCAAAGCCACCAUACCAGUCUUUUCCAAGCUCGUCGAAACACUUCAAAACGUCCUCGUGCAAGGCGAGAUCAUGUUCGCUCAAGAGCCAUCCAUGCACAACACAACCGAUGACUCUCAAGUCCCUCACAGUCCACGCAAAAGUCGCGUGCGGCCUUCCACGGACCGCAGUUUCUCAGGUCUCUACGAGGCUGCAGCUGGCGUUGCUAGCGCUGCAAUGUCCGGAAUGAUUGGCUCCUCUGCCAACACUGGAACCGAAACCCUUUCCUCUACAAGCUCGCCUUCCAUCCAGAUUAUCGAUCAACUCGAUAAGACGGAAGCUCCCGUAGUUGCGUCGCCAGCCCUACCCAAAACCUACCCACAGCUCCUGGCGCUCCAGUCUUGCCACCUCCUCACCCAGUCCAUGGCACUGUACGCCCUUCCUCUGUACUCCAGGUUCGUCAACGCUCGCAACAAGCAAUCUGCGCCAGCUCCACCAGCCAUGCAAGACGCCGACAUUGCUGCUCUCACCAAUCCAGCAGAGCGUGAUGGCCUUCGUCUCACAAAGGCCAUGCUGAGGUCUUCGGCACUUCCGCUGAGCCAGGUCCUCGCCCAACAUUUGCGCAUCAAGUGCAACGAUUCCAUCUUUGAAGAAACGCUCUUGGCGCUAAGAAACCUCACCAAUGUCACUGGCGCCCUUGACUUGGUACAGGAGCGUGAUGUGGUUAUCACCAGAUUCAUCACGCUGGCUGUCCCUGGCUGGGAUGCGGGCGCUCCGUCUGUUAUGCUGCACUCAACAAGUGAUACAACAUUAUCCACUCGUAACUUGGCAUGUCUCAAGGCGUACGUUCAGGUUGCGUACUAUCUCUCUGGCGCACUCGGUCCUUUCUGGCAUCCUGUUCUCAGCGGUCUUUGCACCGCUCAAGCUUCGCUCGUCUCGCUGAGUACAUCGACUGGAUCAAAAGAUGAGACUGGCAAGGACGAAGAUGCCGAUACCAGCCGCAACGGCCGCGCCACACUCUCGACCUUGACGCAUGCCUCAAUGGUGUCGCUCGACACGCGAUCAGGCCGAAGUCAGCUUCAGCUGCUCAACGUUGCGGAUCUGCAGCCCAGUCGCUUGCAAGCACAUAUCCAAAACGUAUUCGAGAACACCGCGUCGCUCGAUGAUAGCGCAUUUGUACAUUUUAUCUCGUCACUCUGCCGUCUCAGUGGCGAAAUGCUGCUGGCCGCACAGAUGAUUCCGAGAUCAGCAGCAGCCAGCAACAGCGGACCCGCCUCUCCAAGAGCGUCCGAAAUCAAAGGUCGUCCGUCCAGCAGCAGAGACGAGGCUGCAACAGCAUUCUAUCCGAUCUCCUGCCUUGAUCUGGUCGCAUCGUUGAACACCACGCGGCUCUGUCGACUCCCGGCAGACCAAGGAUGGCAAGCGGUCACUACUAACCUCAUCGAGGCACUUUCCAGUCCCCGGCUUCCCCCAAACUGGCGUGCACAAGCUUCGCAAGCUUUGAACAAGAUCGCUUUUGGCACCAUGUCUGAGGCGGCAGAAAACCCAGAUCAUCACGAAAAAUUGCGAUUGCAGAAACAGGCUUUGCAAAUUCUUUCCAAUGCCGGCAUCCUCGAUGGACGCAGGGCAGCGCCUGUCGAUGUGGAGCUCCGAACCUCGUCCGUCGAGCAUCUGAACAAGAUCCUUGAGACAUUCGGACAUUCGCUUGGCUGCGGAUGGGAAACCAUCUUUGACAUUUGCUCCGCCACUUGCAAAGAGGACAAGAGGAAUGCAGACACCGUCUUAGGGUCCUCUGCCCUGGUUCAGAAGGUCCAAUUGACUCUAGUCAAGGCUGGCUUUUCGUGUCUGCAGCUGGUCUGCUCUGACUUCUUGUCAGCGUUGGAUGCCGAGCAGAUAGGGAGGUGCUGCGGCUGCCUCAACGAUUUCGGAAGUCAGGAUCUCGAUGUCAACGUGGCGCUCACCGCUAACGGAUGCCUAUGGGGCGUCACAGCAGAGAUGGCCGCUCGAGCCAAAACCAAGUCGACAGACCCCAAUGCAGCCUACGUCGACACGGAGACGCAACCACUUUGGCUGUUACUCCUCCAAUGCCUCUUGUCCAUCUCUCAGAGUCCACGUGCAGAAGUGCGAAACGGCGCUAUCUCAAACCUCUUCCGAGUGCUUCAACACUACGGCGACAUGCUCACUCCCGCAGCGUGGCAGGAGAUUGUCGAUACUAUUAUUUUCCCGUUGAUCAAAGUGUUGAGCGCAUCAAUUAAAGAUCUCGAAAGCGGAGGCGGAGGCGAAGGUGGCAAAGCAGAAGAAGACCGAAAGGCACAACUGAUGGGCAUACUUCCAAGCGAGCUCAAGCAAUGGCAGGAAUCUGAAAGCCUAGCUUUUACCCAAUUUGGCGAGGUGGUACGAGCGUACUUGCCAACCAAGCUGAUUCACAGCAGCGCGUUCGAGGAAACAUGGUCAAGAUUGCUUGAUCUGACCACGGCGACGUUCCUCAGCGGUCCAGCCGAUCUCUCGCAGGCGGCUAUGAAGUGUUUCACUUUCUCAGUGUCAACCAACGUAGAUAGUGAAGUGCUGCCAGACGAACCGGCACGUGCCAGGGCACAGAUGGCCUGGCGAACGGCCUGGAAGAGCUGGAUCGCUAUCGGUGAGCACGUCCGUCGAGCGACAUCAAGACGGCCCGAGACACGAGAACUCAAGGCGGACAAGUGCACUGAAGGCGAAGCGGUGAACACUUUCCGUUUCACGCAAGCGAACCUUCUGGCAUAUAUUCAAGCGUUUCCGCCCAUACACCGCGUUCUGCAGGCCGACUUCGAUCAGGCAAAUGUUGAAGCGCUGCUCACAAGUCUCAAGGCUUGCGUCUCCUACCCUCACAGUCCCGAUAACAUGUCGGAUCGAGCGAGUCUAACCAACGUUCAGGUGGCAGCUCGCGCCACAGCCAGAUCUGUUGCGAAUGUCAAGGGUGUCCCCGCGCUCAUUUUAUCUGACCUAUCAGAGUGCAUCUGCCUGGCUUUCUCGAAUACGGAGCUAGAUGCAAGCAAGGACAAGAAAGCUCCUACCUUUAUUGCAUUGUCACGUGCGAGCAUCGAAGAGGCUUACAGCGUCUUUGUCAAGCACGAGGACGAUAUCAGCAUAUACGAGGGCGGCGCUUUCGAAAGCCUUCUGGCUGCGCUCAUUGUACCGAUCAAACUCAAGUACGAGUGUCAGGACAGCCCGGUCGCUAGUUGCAAUUCGGAACGCAAGGCCGAUGCUCGCCCUGUUUGGCAGCUCGCCACUCUGACAUUAUGUCGGAUCCUGUCACUAUGCUGCCCCAAGCUUCAGAAAAGGACGGAAGACGGCCGUCUCAGUCUAGAGACUGUCGAGAUACUGUGGACUAAGAUUAUCGAUGCCAUCCAAGCCGCAGUGCUUGCAGACUCGUCGCUCGCCAGCACACUGCCUAAACACGUCAAGGAUGCUGACGAGCUGUUCGGCCUCUUCGUGCUCAGUUCCAUCGAGAAACACGUGCUUCCGUACUUAGGAGGGAGCGAGGUUCCGGAUCACCUCAUCGAGCGUGUUGGGCAUACGUUGGUGCUCGGUUCCACACUAUACACAUUUGAGACGCAAACGAGCUCAUACAGCGAAAGCGGGCGAGUGGAUGACCCUAGCGAAACGACCAACGAACGUUACGCAUACUGGUGCUUCGACUUGCUCUUUCUCGGAUGCUCUGGUCACUUUGGCAAAGGUUCACGCAGCGCUUCACAAGACACGGAUGCUCGUCGCAGAGUGGCCGUGAUUCUGCUUCGACAUCUGACGUCUCGUUGCGAAGAAACGCUGGUAUCGUUUGCGCGCGACCUUGAAAUUCGAGGCAUGGUCCCAAUGCAAAGAAUCCGCCAGGAAGAGCUUAAUUAUGUUCUGAACAGGUAUGUCGAGCUGCGUCUUUAUCCGGCAACAUAUACCGGGUCGGCAACCAAACAGCUGGUCCCUCGCUCGUCCCAAGGCUGGCACGCAUCGGAACGCGCACAUCUUUUCGCUGCCUAUCGUCAUUUCUUGCUGCUUGUAUCGUCGGCCAAGUCAACUGCUGGCACCUCGACGAGUACUGCGAGUAUCGGCACGUCGCUACCACCCAUUGUUCCAGCUGACAGCGCAGAAAUGUCCAAGACGUUCAGCGACUUGGGGCUCGAGCUCGGCAUUAUUGGUGUCACCCGUGACGUGCUAGCCGCUAGCGAACGGGAUGCGCGGUAUGAUGCUUCUGUGAAAGAGGCAAAUGCAGGAGAGCUAGCUCUUAAGGCCAUGGCGUUGGUGGGCGAUGAGCUUGAGAUUCCCUUGCUUCGGAUGUGA